AUGCCUCAGAUUAGCCCUGAUUGUCUAUUCUGUCAAAGUCAUUCUGAAACAAUCCACCACCUCUUUAUUGAGUGCUGCUUUGCUAGGGAUGUUUGGGCUUGUUCACAUGACCUCCAGCCCCUUCGGGAGCGGUCAGGCAGCAUGCACACUUGGCUCUUAUCACUAAGCCUUUAUUCUCCCAAGUCCGAGCUGGAUCUUAUCUCAAAGGCUCUCCUUAUUUGUUGGCAAAUUUGGGAGGCUAGGAACAAUUUGUUAUUCCAAGACUCGAAGCCCCUCCCUGCUAACUGCAUCCAUGAUGCGGCCACCGUGGGCUGGAAGCUAAAUUCGUGGCUCAAGAAAGAUAAGGAUUUUUCUAUGAUGAUUAAAUGGCACCCCCCCUCCUAUUGGUUGGAUUAA